AUCGAGGCCAAAGAGGCGUGCACCUGGCUCCGGGCUGCCGGCUUCCCACAGUACGCCCAGCUGUACGAAGGUAAGGACCCCUAAGAACCCCUGCUACAGCCGUCCACAGCUGUGCCUGAUCUGUCCCGGUGACAAUCGAAGGACCAUGGCAAAUCGGAAAAGCUAGCAUCAUCGCUGGCCCGAGCGUUCAGAUUUUUUGCCAAUGUCCCUUUUCCCACAGACCGUGUGAAAAUGUCACAGUAACAGUGAAAUCCUGGUGUUGUUAGAUUUUUUAGGUCACGUGAACUUUGGGAUAGUUGUUUUCUUACCAAAUAUCAGGCCAAAUUAACGUUACACAGUUCAUAUCUUGCCAUCUGAUGAAGUCAUGGUUGAUUUUAGAGAGAGAGAAGAGAGAGAGAGAGAGAGAGAGAGAGAACCCACCCUUUAUUUUCUUCCAGUCUGUCGACCCGUCCGUUUUCAGACUAACUCUAUGUGACAGACUGUCGUGACCUAAAAUGUUGAACCUCAAAAGUUAAUUUGAACAAAUUAACUCGCUAUGCUAAUUUUAAUGGGCAAACACAAGAUAGGCUGUUCUGUUGACAUCCUCUCUAAGUCGGUAUUUUUAUUGAACUAUAGCUGAAUGCAAGGACAUUCUAUAGCCUUUAGAGCAAUCCAAUGGCACGCAAGACUCCUCUUUUCCUGUCCUCUGUCCUGCAGUCUCAAUGGUACUCCAAUCCUUUUAUCAUUUUAAGUGCUAAUUCACCCCUGCCCACCAAGUUGCCUUGCUUAUGCAGAAAUACACACACCCCACACACACACACACAGACACACACACACAUUCCUGAGGGGCCAGCGGUGUGUUUUUUGUUUUGCCUCAGUGAACCUCAAUGUUGCAGACACACAAGUGAAACAAUUGCCAAAACCCUAAAGCCAAAAGGUAUUCUCAUACGUAACCUAAAAACGUGCCUGCACAGAGCAUAGCCUUUUAUGUAAUCCAAGGGACCUUAAAGCAUGAUAAAACUAGCUUUGUCAACAGUCCAUUAGUUGUUGCCAUUGAACCGUGCUAGGUAUGCUAGCUGCCAAGAGACUGGGAUGUUCGCCAUGUUUUUGGACAGGUGAUUAAGGUUGUGUGUGACAGCCGACACACACACACACACAGAGAAGCACACACACACACACACACACGCAGAGGCACACACACACAUACAAAGAGAGGUACACACACACCAACACACACGCCAAACCGUCCAUCCGACAGCUUUGUGAUGAGCUAUGCUGACUCAUACCAGGUCACACUGAUGAUUCCGCACUCAGUACAGAACUCCUGCCUUACACACGACACAUUCCCCCCAGUCUAUUAUCCCAGGACAUUCUCUGUUCUAUUGUCUCUGGCUGUAAAGGACUCCUGCCCCACAGUAGAUAAGGCAGACAGAUAGUACUGUCACAGUACAGUAUGUGAAAGGUGAAUAGAAAAGCUGCCGUUUUCUUAUCACCUUUGACCCUUAGGCUUGCGUCCAAAAUGGCACACUACUUUUAACCAGGGCCCAUAGGUUUCUGGUUAAAAGUAGUGCACUAUAAAGGGAAUAGGGUGUGAUUUGGGACACAGGAGGCUAGGAGCUGUAGGAUACCCUCACUAGGGCUAGGUCAUCAUUGCAUUAUUGUCUUCAUCCAAUACAUACCCUUAUAAUUGAUCUAUCCAUCUUUUCUUUCACACGUUUUCUUUACUCAGUUCUUCAUUAGCAGACAUCAAUGGGGGUCCAAGUCUGCGUCCCAAAUGGCACCCUUUUCCCUUUGGGCCCUGGUCGAAAGUAUUGCACUAAAAAGGGUUAUAUUUGGGACACAGACCCAGUGACUUCUUAAUAGAGUGAGUUUGAAUCCCAGAUUGCCCCUUUAAUAGAGUGAUAUAGAGAAGAGAGAGAGGUAAGCAGAGGACUCCUUUAAUGGGGGAGUACCUAUUGUCAUUCCCCUGUCGACCCCCGCCACACACUCACCCCCCUGCUGCCCAGGUCUGAAUGGUACAGCUGUGUUUGUUUGGCCGGCUAAGACGGCACUUCCUCUUAGCUUUUCAUUGUGGUGUGGGAUGUGUGUGGGUUGUGUGUGGGAUGAAAUAAAAGUGAAAUAAACAGUAAAAACGUGAAACAUACACUCUCUUUUUAUGUAAAAACAUUAUUAAACACCGCACACGGCCGAAAAAAAAACAGCGAAUAAAAAAACAAAAGCGCAUAAACCCCGCAAUAAAGCGCAGCCCCGCACGCCCUCAGUCCUCAGAAAGGUCCCUCCAGUAUAUACUUCUCCUUUUCUAGUUUACUGGCAAAAUUCAUAACCCCUUUAAAUGUGAGGAGGCAAGUGAAUGAAAAUAUCUAAAGGCAGACGCAAAGGCGGGGGCGAGCGAAGACAGCUUUUUUACUCCUCCCUUUGAACCAAAAAGGCUAUAUGCUAAGAAUUAAGCAAGACAAAAAAAUGAAAAAACAAAAGGGUUUUGGGGAAGAUCCAAAAGUUUCAUCCUUCACCUUCCCUCUUCCGUAAAAUUUUUUCAAAUCUUUGGAUCGUUUCCCGAAAACUCUCAACCAGAAAACUUCCUUUCUUCUUUUCCUUCUUUCAGGGCUUGUUCCCCAUGAGUUUGUGCUUGAAAAGGGGACCAUGAUCCUGGGACACGAGAUGCAUCGAGGCUCUGUGCAGGUCAGACUUCUCCUCCUCCUCUCUUUUUCUUCAUCUGUCUCCAGAAGUGAACAACUGAACCGUGUAGGCUUCUCUAGGUAUCUGACCUCCUAGCACGCGAACAGCAAACCGAAAAGACAUCAGAAACGAGAGAGAAGAAGCAAGAGAAGCCGAGGGAACGCAAAAGAGGAGGACCGAAGAACAGAGGAGGCGAAGACAAUGCGAGAGGAGAAAAGGACGAGGCAGCAAGAAAGAGGGAAGAAAAUACAGAUGAGGGAAGCAGAACAGAGACAAGAAACAAAGCAGAGCGAAGAAACAGCUCCCCUCCUCUCAUUCACCUCUCUAUGUCCUUCCUCCUCUCUUUCUCAACCUUCACCCAAUUUAUGUUCCAUUGUAUAUUUAUUCUUUCCAUUCUCUAAAUUUCUCUAUCUCUUCAUCUUCUCUGUCAAAACUGCAGUAAGGGUAGGCAUAGUGAAGAUAGUGAAGAAAGUAUAUCUUCAAAGAUGGCAUGCUCCGCAGGUUGAGUUUGAGAUGAAAGAGCAACGCGAUAAGCCUCUCUUUUCUCUCUCUGUCUCUUUCUCUCUAUCUCUCUUCUUACUCCUUCCUGCUUUCUCUGGCUCUUAUCUCACUCCGUCUCUUUCUCUCCGCAUCCAUCACUCUUGUCUUGCUUUCACUCUGCCUCUCUCUGUACUCCCCUCUCUCUCUUUCAUUAUGCUUUUAUCUCGUCACUUUUUCCACACGUCCCCUCUCUCUCUCUCUCUGUGCUACAUGCACCGUGGGGGCUGUGAAUGUUUACUUCUUUCCCAUUAGAGACGUUUCGUAUCGUUGUCCUGUUCUCUCCAUCUCUCCGUCUUAUCGCUCCACAUUCCCUCCCUCGCUCCGGCUCCACGGUCACGCGAUGUUCUUGUUGUCGUUUUUUAAAGAAAAUACAUCUAGAACAUUCCCUCCUUUCACCACACCUGGGCGGCUUCUAGGCCUAAGGGGUUUGUGGGGAACAUUCAAAGGGCUAUAGAUCAUAUUAUAUAAUGCAAUGUCAGUGGUAAAGCUCCUGUGAUAACAGUACAGUGGUGGCUGGUGGCACUUUUAAUAGCAGAGGUGAAUAAAGAUGGCGGCCCCCAUGCAAUACCACAAAUUCUUCGUUUUGCUAGGUUUGCCUGUUGUACAUCGCUCUCCGUUACUCUUUUUUUGUAUGGUCAUUGGCAAAGUAUACAUUAUCCCAAUUUUAGCUUCAAGACGCCUGCAAUUUGAAAAACAGAAAAAGCAUUUUUGUGCUAAUUUAGUGGCACAUUAAACAUUCAGUGGAUAGUGCUAAAACAAUGACGUCAUCUCUGAAUUCUGCCAUCUUUAUGCAUGUUCGCCAUUGGAGGACGGGCUAAAAGUAUACCAUUCCAUUUACUCCAUUUCAGCCAUUAUUAUGAGCCGUCCUCCACUCACCAGCCUCCUCUGUUACUGAACAGUUGACUCCUUGGACCGGUGAAAUAAUUUCAAUACAUUUAAAUACAGGAAAAAGGCACAAGUUUUUUACCGGGAAUGAGUGGAUUUUCCCAGUUGUUGGGUUACAUCCCAAAUGGCCCCCUAGGCCAUUUAUGUGCCCUAUUUUGACCAAAUAGGGCUCCGGGUCAAAAGUAUUUGUACAAAGGAAAUAGGGGUUUGAAGCAGGGCUUCAGAACCCCAGCAGCAGGUGUCCUAGGUCGAAUAACGGAAGGAAUCCCCCAUUCCAGCCAAACUCACGAAAACAGGGCGAAAAAAAGAAAAGACCGCAGAAAAGAGCAAAAAAAAAAGAACGAACUCCGAAAUGACGAGCGCCAGGACCCACAUGCGCGGACAGCCGCAUCCCGCCUUCCCUCACACCCACCCCUUUCCCCCCUUUUCCAAACCCUCCUCCACCCAUUGUUACAUGAUCUGCUCCAAGGGGGGCUCCCAGAGGGGAGAGGAGAAACACACACACACACACACACACACAAAACACACACCACACAAACAAACUCUAAAAAUACUAACUGCCCCCACCCCUCGCAGGUGUCCAGGGGGUAACUCAUCCCAAAAUUGUCGUUUUUUCGUCGAAACUCUGAGGAGUUAUACGCGGGAUGCAUGAAGUAGCACAACUCUUGCCACGGAUCGCAUAAUUAAGAGCCUCAUUUAGCUGAUAAAAGGAAGCGCUCUCUAUAUAAGAGAGGAGAGCGAGAGAGCUAAGAGAUAGGGAGGAGAGAGCAGAGAUCGAUAGCGAGCUCGCGGACGCAUAGAGAUGCUCUAUCGGAAUGGAGUAGUAGCCUCUGCUCUCGCUCUAUUCUCGAUAUAUCUUCUCUCUCUUCUCUCUCUCUCUCUCUCUUCCUCUCUCUCUUCCUCUCUUCCUGUCUUUUCUCUCUCUGGGGUUUGUCUAGGUCAAAGGCUUGUUGUUGGGUGUUUUGCUAGGACUCCUCCGUGUGUGUGUGUGUGUGUGUUUAUGUAUCUGAUUGUGUAUCUGUAUCUAUUUACAGGAGACUGAACACCCUCAACAAGUGUGCCCUGAUGAGACUGGAGAUCUCCCCACAGAGAAAGAGAGUAAGUUCCACCAUCCUCUUCCACCCUCCUCUUCCACCCUCCCCUUCCACCCUCAUCUUCCAACCUCCUAUUCCACCCUGCUCUUCCACCCUCCUCUUCCACCCUCCUCUUCCACCCUUUCACACCCAAAAAUCCCCUACUUCUUCACAACUUUUCCGAACCCAGUUUAGUUUUUCCUUCCUCUCCUCCAACUCCGGCCUCCUUGUAGCCUGGGGUGUGACAGUCUCUCUCUCUUCUCUUCUCUGUUAAUGAAAAGGCACCUGUCUUCUUAUCAAGCCCUUUGUGAAGUGCCCAAGGCGAGGAAAGAUAGCUUUUAUGUCCAAAUGAAGGGCUUGCUGUUCACGCGGCCAGCCCUCCUUCCUCAGGCCUGAUCCUGAACACACACACAUAUACAGACAUACACACACACAGCACACACACACACUUCCUCAUAUCAUUGUCCAUAAAAGGGAAUAGUAUGUCGCUGAAGUCAUGUCUUUUUUUGCUGUUUGUGUGUGUGUGUGUGUGUGUGUGUGGACGUGUUUAACUAUACUUGUGGGACCAGAAGUCCCCACAAGAAUAGUAAACCAAGAGAAAUUUCACCAACUGGGGUCAAAUGCUUUAUCUAGGGGUUUAGGGUUAAGGUUAGAAUUAGUGUUAGGGUUAGAAUUAGGUUUAGGGUUAGGGUUAGGAGCUAGGUUUAGGGUUAGGGUUAAGGUUAGGUUUUUGGGUUAAGGUUAGGGUUAGGGUUAAUAGGAUUUUGAAUGGGACUGAAUUGUAUGUCCCCACAAGGUUAGCUGCGUACGACUGUGUGUGUGUGUGUGUGUGUGUGUGUGUGUGUGUGUGUGUGUGUGUGUGUGUGUGUGUGUGUGUGUGUGUGUGUGUGUGUGUGUGUGUGUGUGUGUGUGUGUGUGUGUGUGUGUGUGUGUGAAAAUGUAUCUUUCUACGUAGCACGAUUCCUGGAAGCUUGCAUUUCUCAUUUCUCUCCCUCUGGUUUCAUUUGUUAAAUGAAAAACAAGUAAGCUAUUGGCCAUGAUUCCCAGAACCACUGCAAACUAAUCCAAACUAUCCCAAACUAAAUCAAACUACCCAAACUACCCCAAACUAAAUCAAACUACCCCAAACUAAACCAAACCACCCCAAACUAAAUCAAACUACCCCAAACUAACUCAAACUAACCCACCAGGACACUAAGGAGUUUAGUUGUUUGUCAAGAUCCUUCUCCCAUCAACCUCCAUUCUAUAAUUACCUAAAAUCUUAAACAAUAUAGUUCCUUGAUCCAUGUGUGUGUGUGUGUGUGUGUGUGUGUGCGCGUGUGUACGUGUGUGCGAGCUGGUAUUCAAUGGGAUGACCCUCGCUGUGUCACCUUUCAUCAAGGAGUCAACAGAGAAGGGUCAAAGGAGCUAUUUAAUCUCUUCAGACUGACAGUUGUUAACCCCCCUGGUCAGCAUAGCAGCUCAGUGACUUCAUUUCCUACUCUGUGUAUAGAGGAAAGCAGGUAGCCUAGUGGUUAAGAGCGAAGGGUUGCUGGUUCGAAUCCCCAAGCGGACUAGGUGAAACAUCUGCCGAUGUGCCCGUGAGCAAGGCAUUUAACCCUAAUUGUAAUAAGAGCGUCUGCUAAAUGAUUAAAAUGUAAGUGUAUAUCUCUCCCUCUUUUUUGAAAUGUGUUUUCCUCAUGUCUCUUCCCCAUAGUUGUUGAAAUCAGAGAUAUGACGUCGUUUUGACAUGUCAAAACACCCACAGCUGCAGGAGUCAAUGAAUGCCGCUGAAGAUAAGGUUGACCAUCUAGAUAGUUCUAGGUGUUGACAUUGUUGCUAUUGAGCUCAAAAGUCAAACGCCUCCACUAUGGUCGUCAUGACGUCACAGUAUAUCAGACAGAAUGAGUUUCUGGCCGUCAUGAUCAAAGCUAAAGUGAGAAAGGGCUGUGUGUGUGUGUGUGUGUGUGUCGUGGUGAGUGGAGAGCAGGGUCGUAAAAGGAGGACCCAGGGUUUUAUUUUAUGGACUUUUGUCCCCACCGCUCACAGCCACCGUGAAGUCUGAAGUAGGCACCAGUGAAGUCUGGAGGCUCCCGCGCCCCUCCCUGGUCCCCUUGGCAGGCAGUUUCACUUUCCUGAAUUAGGGGGGCAGACUGGCCCUGUGGGAAUGACAGAGCAGUAACACCUCUGUUUCACACCCGGGGGGGGUUUGUGCGUGCCUGCAUGUGCGCCGUGUGUGUGGGGGAAGGGGUUUGACCCUAGCCUGGCCGGCUGGCGUGUGAACUUCUCGGAUCGGGAUGGAAUUUCCUGGAGUCCUCUCGGGACCUGUGUGUGCGUGCGUGCGUGUGUUUGUGUGCGCGCGUGUGUGCGAGAGAGAGAAAGAUAGAGAGACUCUGUUGUCGUUUUCACGGUCAGGGAUAAGUUCCAACGCAAUAACAACCAUUAACCAGCUGUGUGUGAAUCUUAUCUCUGUGAAAUGUCCCAGCGGUCGGGAAGGGAGUUGAGGAAUGUCUACAGAUCUGCUUGUCUGUGAAUAUCCCUGCUGCUCUCACACAAAGAUUGUGUCCCAAACGGCAACCGUUUCCAUAUUUAGUGCACUACUUUUGAUCAGAGCUCUAUGGGCCCUGGUCAUUAGUAGUGCACUACAUAGGGAAUAGGGUGCCAGUUGGGACACACACAAGGUCAUCUGGACUGGACAGAAUACAGGGCAGCUCAUUUGACUGCAUGGCCAUUCACCUUUUAGAAAGAGAGUUCAUGUUAAAAAGUUGUUCACAGAACUGAAACAGAGAAGGAAAAUCUUGAAAAUAUAACGUAUUUUUACUUAAAUUGUAAUCUUAUAGUAAUAAAGUGUCUCCCGCGGGUUGACGUUUAUUGACAUGAAUCUUGCCUUAGAGGCAGAACUGAGAGAUUUCCAGUAGAUGGGCUAUAUUGUAAAAAUUCAUUUUUUUGGCUUAAUUUAAGGUUAGGGUUAGGCAUUAGGGUUAGCAGUGUGGUUAAUGUUAAGGUUAGGGUUAGGCAUUAGGGUUAGCAGUGUGGUUAAGGUUAGGGUUAGGGUUAGGCAUUAGGGUUAGCAGUGUGGUUAAGGUUAGGGUUAGGGUUAGGCAUUAGGGUUAGCAGUGUGGUUAAGGUUAAGGUUAGGGUUAGGUUUAAAACCAGAUUGUAUUACUUUGUGGUUGUGCCAGCUAGUGACCACUCUGCAGAGCUGCCUCCAGUACAAGAUUUUGUCCAGGGUAGGGGAGGGAAUGGCCGGCAGGGGAUGUAGCUCAGUUGGUAGAGCAUGGCGUUUGCAACGCCAGGGUUGUGGGUUCGAUAAAAUAAUGUAUGUGCUAACUGUAAGUCGCUCUGGAUAAGAGCGUCUGCUAAAUGACUAAAAUGUAAAUGUAAAUGUAAGAUUCAUGACGAAAAACACUAACCUGCCCCCAACCCCCUCUCUCUGUCUUCUCUCUCUCUCUCUACUCCAGAGUGAGGAUUCAGACGAGGAAGAGCCAUGUGCCAUCAGUGGCCUUUGGACCUUCCAGCGGGACAGCAAGCGCUGGUCUCGCCUGGAGGAGCUGGAUGUCUUCUUCCUCCCUGGGGACAACCAGCCGCCCUUCCCCCAGGACCAGAGACCCUCAGCCGGUCAAGGGCAGCUCCGCGAGGGCCUGAGCUCCGAGAGCGUGCUGACGGAUCUCAGCGAGCAGCCCGAGGUGGCCUCGCUUCACAGCAGCGGGAGCGGGGGAGAGGGAGGGAAAGUCAAUGGUGCCACAUCUAGCGAUGCCACCCCAGCAACGGGCGCCACCCGCGCCAGCUCGAUGGCCAGCAUGUGCUCCUCCUCGGGCACAGGCGGGUCGUGCGGUGCCAACGAGGACUCGUUCUCUGACGGGGGGCCUCCGCACUCACCAUUGGAGACGACGCUAGGGCGCUUCUCCUUCGAGGGCAAGCCUGGUGGAAUUGUGGAAACAGGAGGGACAGAAGGAAGAGGGAAGAGCACACGCUCACGGGCCAAGAGUUUCCUCAAACGCAUGGAGAGCAUCAGACUGAGGAGCUCCACGUCCAAUAGCAAGAAGAAGAACGGCAUCGGGGGAAGGCCUUCCAAACUGGAGAUCAGCGGGCCAGUCAUCAAAGAAGGACUAGACGACGACAAGCUACGGCGCCUUAACUGCGUUGACAUCUCCAGCCUCACCCUCAACCCGACCCAAACCAUGACCCUGAACCGUAACAGGAGCGUAUCCUACUCCACGCAGACCAGCAGCGGCAGCAUGGGGAGCGCCGGAAGCACGGGCAGCAGCCAAUCGGAAGCAAGCAGCGGGAGCACGGUGAGCACCCCUAGCCCGGUGACGCGAGCCCGAAGUCACACCACCGCAGCGGGGGCCAGUAAGAGAGGUGGGAUGUACCUGGAAGGUUUUGACCCAUUAAACGUGUUCCUACAGCCGCCCGGAGAACAACAACCCCCUGGUUCAACCCAACCCAAAACCGCACAGCAACCACUUCAACAACAGCCUAGUAACCGGACAGUGGGCGAGCAAAACCGCCACAAGUGUGGCGGCCAAAGCAAGCAUGGUCACCUCAACAGAGAGGAAGAGGAGGAGGAAGGCGUGAUUUUCUUCUUCCUCCCCGAAGGCCACAAACCGGGCACGUUCCCCAAAGCGCUCGGCGAUGGCAAACAACCACCGCAAAGUGGAAAUGACGAAUACAGGUGUCUUGCCGGCACCGGCGGACGCCUACUCGGCAGCCGAUGCCAAACGCGUCGCAGCUCCACCGGCUCGGCGGACAGCCGCCUGAGUUUCUACGACAACGUGCCCAUCGUGGCCUAUCAAGGCGAGGAAGACGACGAUGACGACGAAGAAGGGGAGGGGCCUAAGUUGGAGGAGGUGCUGGAACGCGUCAGCGGCCUGCAGCGAUUCGUCAACGCCUGGACGGACAGGGUGGCAGCCGGAGAAGAAGACGAAGAAGAAGAAGAAGAGGGGGAUUCGGAUUCAGCGUUGGAUUCCGCGUCUCCGUGUCCGUCCUCACCUUUGCAGAACCGGCUGGAGGAGACGGACAACGGGAGCGACCAGGACAGCACGGGCAACCCUCUGGGAGAAGGACAGGGGGAAGAAGGAGAUGAGGAAGAAGGAGAGGGGGAAGAAUCCAUGAGGGAGAGGAGCGACUCCGGAGUGGGAGCCUCUCUCACCAGAUCUAACAGGUCAGUAAUAAAUUAAUGAAUCCCCUCUCUGUUAAACAAUCUAUAGAUAUCACCAAUAUUGUUAUUGUCCCAAUUUGGGAAAUGUCCUGUGUGUUAAGAUGAAGGACUGGCGAGUUCAAUUCUACAUUCUUAAGUGUUUGGAUUUAGGGUUGAGAGAGAAAGGGUGAGAGGGGGGUGAGAGAGAGGGUGAGAGAGAGGGGGGUGAAGAAGGAAGUUCAGAAAUAAAGAGAAAGAGAGAGAUGGGUAGAGGUACAGAAAGAGAAAGAGAGAGAUGGGUAGAGGUACAGAAAGAGAAAGAAAUCAAGUUAGAUGGAGGGAGAAACACAGACAGAGUUGACAUGUUGAGACGACUCUCCUAACCCUAACCCUUACGUAACCGGCUGUCACGGCGAUGAGAUGCGGUGAAUACCUCGGACCUCGGAAUGCCGAUCCGUCUCCGCGGAGAUGCAGCCAUUCCCUCAGGAAUCCACAGACAGAAUUCCAGAAGGUUUCAUACGCUCCCAUAGCCGCUGACAGGCUAAAUCAGUGCUUCCCAACUCCAGUUCUUGAGUACCCCAUAAGCAUCCAUUUUUGUUGUAUCCCCUGACAAACUUACCUGAUUCAACUCAUUUAGGGCUUAUAUAAUAUAAUAUGCCAUUUAGCAGACGCUUUUAUCCAAAGCGACUACAUUUUUACAUAUGGGUGGUCCCGGGGAUUGAACCCACUACCCUGGUGUUACAAGCGCCAUGCUCUACCAAUUGAGCUACAGAGGAUGAUUAGUGUGUUUUGUGUAUAUUUCCCUAAUAUAUGUUAACCUAUAUAUUUACACAUAUAUAUUUUACAUACAUAUUUGCUAUUUAUAUGAAAUUCUUUGCAUACAUUUGUGUUUGUAUUUGGAAGUUUGAUUGUGCUUCUGAUAGCUUCGGAUAGCCCUCAGUAUUUUUCUGUAUGUUGUGCAAUAUAUUAGGUAAACGCAUAUAUUUAGUGAACAUAUAUUUCUCCCACCUCUACCGAAGGUCUCAGAAGCUGCGUUGGCCCAGUUUCCAGUCCUCUCACCGGCCCAGUCACUCCUGGGCCCAGCGGCAGAUCGGCUGCCAGUCAGUACUGCAGAUGAACCUGCUCCAGAAGCUCUGCCUGCUACAGCUUACAGCCCUCCUGGAGAAACACACCCCCACCAACAAACACGGCUUCAGCUGGUGAGUCGGCGGCGGCGGCCAUUUUGAAUAGUCAAGGUUCAUAACACUUUGGGUUUGGAGUUUGUGGCAAACACAUUGGAAGUUUUUCUCACAAGAGGUCUCACAUGAAAACAGUUGAAAAUGCAUGCCCCAAAAAAUGAUAUAGAGUGUAUGUAUAAAAAUCCUUGUUAGCCUGUAGCCUGUUCCCUAACAGCCUAUGGCCUAUAGCCUAGCAUGCUGCUCCGAUAGCGCUAGUUGUAGCCUAGGCCUACAAACAAAUAGACAACCGUAACAAUCAUAGUCUCUAUUUUUCCUCUUGUCAUUCCAUCCGCAUUACGUGUUUUUCCUCUAGUUGGAAUUCCUUCCGCUAUUCUCCCACAACUAGCAGGCUGUUGGGUCUG